GCGGUCCCUCCUCCCCUCAGUGGCGCGUUCAUGCCGCAUGGGAAAUAAUCUCUUCAGCAAUAACAAACCAAUAACUUUCAGAGCUUUGUUUUUCUGGAACUAAAAUAUGUGAUUCGAUUUGUUGCUUGUGGUAAAUAAUUCUCCUCUUUGCCACUUUUUUACACACAGAUAUAGUUUAUGUGAUGCGUUUUAGUUGAUGUUUUACAGCAGACUGAACAAAUGAAUGCCACAGUCAACAACCUGAAAGCGAAACUUAAAAAAAUCGAAAUUGAACAACCAAACAGAUCCUGAAGUUGGAGUAAAUGGAGCUAUUUACAAUAGGAAUAACUUAAAUUUAAGAUGAGAUUAAGUUCAGUGAUCUUAUGCGGUGAAACUUCAGCAAAAGAAAGAAGAGCAGAUGCAUAGCAUACAUAAGUAAUAUUAAAAACUAGAAUAUGAUAUAUUGGCAUCAUGAACAUCAUACUAUAUACAAUACGAAUCGACAAAGACAAAAAUAAAAGAUACUAAAUAAAUGCUAUAUACGCCACGCAUAAAUUAUAACAAAGUGUAUUGUGACAAAAAUAAUCACAAAUAAAGUGAGGAGAUAAGGAAGUUGCGAAUCAUAAUUAAAUAGAAAAUUGCACCUGAGGGGAAAGGAAUCAGGUAGAAAGUUGUAGAAAAUGCUUAAGAACAUAAAAAAUAAUAAAUAUAACAUGAAAUUAAUGGAAUGGAUAAAAGAGUAAAGAUAUAAAACAUUUUAUUUCAACCUGAAUACUACUUUCAACCUGGUCGCCAUCUUUCCCACGGGAGCCUGAAGGCAGCGCAGCCUCCCAUUCGCCACCGCGGCUGUCAAUCCCAGCUCCAUCUCCCUCCCACGUGGUGACGUUUCCGUACCAAAGUAACCAGGCCAGUCCAUUACGCACACAAAAGACACAACAAAAGCUCGUGUUGGGGGAAAAAUGAGAUCCGUCAGCACCCACAGGACACAACAAUAAGUUCCCAUCUGGCAGCAUCACACAUGGACCAGAGCCUGGGACGACGACAAUCAUUUAUUUAACUCCAGAAAGAAAAGAAAAAACAUCUCUCAACAAAACAUCUCUCUCUUUCUCCAGCAAGCACUUUCCCACCAAGCUGCGUCUUGCUCAGAUCUGAUCCAGGUGGUUUGAUUUUCUCCUGUGGUGUCUGUGUGGAGCGUGCCACACACCCACUCCACAACAACGACGGCUUUUGCUUGCAUCUUCCAGUGUUUCUUCUGUCAGCAAGUCCAGCAGAGCUGCAACUCUUCCAGUGCCAGCCCUGACACCAACGAGGAGCCCUGCCCCACUGACAUGGUGAAGAUGACCAAGUCUAAGACCUUCCAGGCUUACCUGCCGUCUUGCCACCGCACCUACAGCUGCAUCCACUGCCGGGCACACCUGGCCAACCACGACGAGCUCAUCUCAAAGCUGGAAGUUUGCCAAGACUCUGAUGGUUUACAUGAGACUGAGUCAUUUCAAGGCAGUCAAGGAAGAGCCUAUCUGUUUAAUUCAGUGGUGAAUGUCGGCUGCGGGCCAGCGGAGGAGCGGGUACUCCUCACAGGUUUACAUGCUGUGGCUGAUAUCUACUGUGAAAACUGUAAAACCACCCUGGGCUGGAAAUAUGAGCACGCGUUUGAGAGCAGUCAAAAAUACAAAGAGGGAAAGUUCAUCAUCGAGCUGGCUCACAUGAUCAAGGACAACGGAUGGGAGUGACGCUCCAGCCCUUUCGUUUUCUGAUCUUGGAAAGCUCUUUAUUGAACUGCGUGGAGCGUCGACCAUCGACCACCCUGCCCCUCCCAACCACUCCCCGAGCUCCCUUCAAAAACAACCUCCACGAACCUCCACCCCUCGCCUCCUUCACGUGCACACACCCACCUGCUCAUCAUGAAACUGAACAGAACAAAUGACAUAAAAAAAAACGGCGACGAGGAAGUGGAGCAACUGUUGAAAAAUCACGUCACAGAAGUCCUGUCGUUACUUUUAAGAUUGUGUGUUCUCCUUCGCAGCUCCGGAGCUUGGUUAUGCUCUCACCCCCCCCACCGAACCACGCUUACAAGUGAUUGUGGUGAUAUGGCGACCACUGUGCGAAAGGAGAUAGACUUCACUGAAAGGACAUUUCUUUGUUUCCUUUAUUUCGCCCAUACAGCGAGACAAAUGACUUUGAUGACUUUCGUUAUUUUAAUGUUAUUUGCUAUAGUUUUAACUUCUGGGUUUGGUAAGGUUUUAGUUUGAUGGCAGAUGGAUGUUACUGGUUAGCAUUUUAUUUUCCUGUCAAGUCUGUUACGGUUUUGUUUAUUUGUUUGUUUAUUUUAGCUUGUUGUAUCUCUGCCCAUAGCUGAGCAUGUUUUUCUUUGCUAAUGUCCAAAUGAGCAAUCAGGGACGGGUGAGGAGCGGAGGGGAAAGGGAGUUAAUUGUAGUUUAAAAAUAUGUAGCAGCAUCUUGCUCUUUUUUUUUUUUUUUACAAAGUGGCAAAGGAUGAGAUUGCAGUAGUGUGGGAUUUAAUUCCUGAUAUUUUCUCUGUUUUUAUCUUUUUUUUCUUUCUUGUGAAUUUUCUUUAUUUCUCCCCUUCCGGUACUUUUCAUCACCCAAAAAGCAUUGAAAGCAGCACCUCGUAUUUACAAUAUAUAUACAGUAUAUAUACAUAUAAAUAUAUAGAUAUAUAAAUAUUUGUAGUGUUUGGCUAAAUGCGAUUGUGGCUGGUCCCAUUUUGCAAGUGAAAAAGACAUGAAAAGGAGCAGAAAUAGUUUCUAGACUGGGGAACCUGAAAUCAGUGUCCACAUGUCAUAAAGCAUUAGGGCAGACUGUAUUAAUCCAUUGUCUAGUAAUGAAACAAUAAGAGACACAACUACAUAUGAAUAUAUACACAUACUAUGAUAACAUAUCCAUAAAUACUAUGAAAAUGUUCGUAGUACGUAGAUAUUGGAACAUUGAUUCUAUAUAUAUAUAUUUGCUGUCAUGCACAUAUGUAUAUAUGCAUAUGACUGUGUGUAUAUAUGCAUUGUGUGUGUGUGGUCACGCAUUACACAGUGGCAUACUUGAACAAUGCUACUUCGUUUGCACUUUGCAGAGGCCUUUGGUUCAUCUCAGUUUAGAGGCAAAACGUUUGUCCGCUCUGGUCUGCUUUUUAAUUAAGACUAGUGUGUUUAGCAGCUGUCUGCUAGAUACUUUGAAAUACUUUGGUUUGAUUUAAUUUAAAUUAUAUCGACAAAUCCUGCUUUUCCUCUCACUUUUUGCUUGAUUUUGAACCCCUUUUGGAGAGAAAAGUGUAGUUUCCGCUUCUUUGCUGCUAUCCUAGAAACCCGCCAUUUCUUCCCGCUCUUGCACUUUAUCCGUCUCCCUCUCUGUGAGCGUAUGAAUUGUCUCUUUGUGGACAGCGCCUGUGAUUUGCCUCUAAGCCGUAUGAAUCUUGUGCCUCUUCAAAACAUGAAUGGCCUCCCCUCUUCUUUUUUUUUUCUGUUGUGCAGUGCAUAACUCUGAAAAACCGUCAUGUGAACCGAUGUGUCUUCCCCCCUUCCGGUUCAAAGUGGCCCUCAAAAUAAUGUUCCUCAUCAAAAUCCUCAUAGAGCUCUUCCCUGUUUUUUUGGACAACAGAGACUUGGUAUACAUACAUUACACGCAUAUAUUUUCUAUGUUAAGAUUUAGAGGUGCAAAAACAGAUGGAUAUUCAGUAUAUUAUUUCUCAGAGUAAAGCAUAGAGGGAGAGGUUUGGAAUAUGUGGGACGCCCAGGGCUCGUUGUUUGACUUUUUAUUGUAAGGAUAAAAAAGAUGGCAGCAGGUCGAGGUGGGGCAGGGUGGGAUGGGAGAGAUUUAAAAAUCAGCAGUGAUUGAUUACUUUGCCGGCAAGGUCAGUCAGAUCACACGACCUUUUAUCCUAAAAACGAUGACAAUGCAAACCCUUAAUAUUUAGCAGUGAUACCUACUUGAAAAUAUAAAGACAAACAGCUGAGAUAUUGGCCCGUAUUACAGUUUUUGUACAUAAAGUAACAUAUUUAAGGUUUUAUACGUAUUUCUACUGGGUUAGUUGUUUUACUUCCCCAACUUGAAGCACUUUUGUUCACUGUACCUCUGGCUGUGUGUGUGUGCGUGCGUGUGUGUGUGUGUGCGUGUGUGCAUGCAUGCAUAUUAGCCCACAUGCAUGCCUGCACACGAAAGUGAAUGUUUAAUUUCUUUCCCUCAGACAGUUUUAUUUCUCUUUUUCCCACCCUCUUCUUGGUUUUGGAAGUGUUUUUAUUUGUCCUGUUGUUGUUUUUUUCUUUUGCAGCUGUUUGGUUUCACUGUCUCUCCCGGUGAUCUGUGAGGUCGAGAGCCAGGUUAGUUUGUUUGGAAGUGAUUUAUCCCGUUUUUUUUUUCUGUUAGCUUGUUUAUUUAGCUUGUGUGGUGAGAGCCCGUUAGAGGGCCCGUGUUUAGGUCUCUGCUGAGCCAUGUAGACGUUGAGGGUGAGCUGGAAUCUCCCACCAUGUCGCCGGGAGAGCCUUUUCCUUUCGCCACCACAGUCAGUGUCUCCUGUAUAGAGGGCUUUCAGGUGAUUAACCACACACUCUGGCAGCCAUAUUGGAGGUCCUUAGCUUUUGGCAACGCUGGCUGUGAAAAUCUGAUUGUAUUUCCUAAGAACUUAUUCAUUUUUGUACUGGUCUUGUUAGCUACCGGAGUUUAGUCGCUACAUCCCAGUUCUGGGGCUGCAUCCUUUGACGUUUGCAUUUAAAGAGGUAACAGGUCAAACAAAGCCUGUCCUUAUUUAAAGUCUCCUUUAAAUGCAGCCAAAAAUGCAUCCUUCUUUUGCUUGAAUUUGCAGCACUCGAUGUCCCACAAUCCACUGCACACCCAUUGUUUAAAGAGCAACUCAACAGCAGCUGAAAGUCUUGUUUUUGUGUACUCCAGGGUGUGUCAGUACACUGUGACAUCACUGUUUGGUGUGGUUACAGGUGCAACUGACAUGAAACCAGAGAGGGCAUUAAAACAAAACUUUUAAGCCUGGCGUCAUGUUACUCUUUAAUGGUGCAUUCAAGCGGUCUUCGUCAAUUCGUAAGGUCGGGAAAUAUGACGUGACCUCAUUGAUAUUUGUGUUCCUGUGGUGAUCAGUGCUGGUAAACUGGCUACAUUUCAUGAACUCCACUAUCACAGUUUACUUGGUAUUCAUUCGUUAGCCAUUUCCUGGUCAUAAACUUGAAAACUACUGAGACUGAAAUUUCAUUCUUGGCCUUGGAAACAGCAGCUGACAUAAUACUCACACCAAAAGGUCCAUUUGGUAGCUGUUUUGGAGUGUUUGAUCAUUCACAUGAUCUUCCUCAGCAAAUGGAGUUGCCCAGUAACAGUACUUUUUUCUGAGCACUCAGAGGAAUGGAAAUGUGAAAAUCUAUAACGCUAUGACAACUGGGCAACUCCAUCUGCUGAGGAAGAUUGUGUGAUACAGUUGAAACCUCCAGCUACCAAAUUGACCUUGUGGUGUGAUUAUUCUGUUAAUUUUCAAUUAGCUUUAGGAGUAGACAAAGAGCGCCUGAAUGCAGCAUUGGUUUUAUGUCCGUGAGGCUAAACUGAUCAGUCUGGCCUUCAGUUCCUCCGAUUUACACACAUCCUUCAGGGAUUGGGGUGCAGCUUUUAUCUGGUCAAAUAUCAAAUCAUGGCCGUUAGUUAAGUUUAACUUGGUAAACUUUUUCCAAACUAAUAGAGCAAAUAGAAUGGCACUGGUAGCUAAAUUUGGAAACAAAAUAAAUCUACCUUACCCGACAGUUCAUGUCUGCUUAAAUCAUGACUGAAUGCACCUACAGUAGACCGACUUUCCUCUUAACUGUUACAUGCACACAGCCAGUUUCUUCAAAGGACUUCCUAGAUGGUGCCAGCAGUGGUUGUUGGGAGAUUUGUGACCCAAUUGCAGAGCCUCUAUACUCUCCUUUCGAUCAGUCAGUCCAACCAACAAAAAGCUGUUGCCAGUGUCACCACCGGUGUGUACCAAAUAAGAACCAGGUUCUAUCAAAUGCAUCAGUGUCAUGUGUCAAUGGGAAGGAAGGAAAGAAGCCAGGGAUCAUGUUCGAGUGUCUCCUGCAGAAUCAACUGCUAUACCAAAAUUAAAGAGGAGAAAUCCUGUCACUUACGACAUUGUCUUUCUGAAGAAUGUUUUGAUUCUCUGAACUUAACAGCGUCAAAGCAGCCUGGAUGAAAAAUGUAGAUAUUUGCUGCUGAAAACCGUUUACUUUUUAUUGUUGUUUUAUUGUGACACUGGCUGCCGCCUUUUUGAGCUCUGUUACUGUCUAAAACAUACCUGAAAGGAUGUUGAUCAAAGGCAAGAUGGGUAUACAGGGGAAAAGACUGUACAAGUUCUUUUCUUAGGACUAAAGGUCUAAAGCAUGUUGUAUUUAUAAUGGCUAUAUGUCGUGCCUGUUUUAUUAUUAUUUUUUCCUAAAUUUAAAAACAAAAAUAUUAUAUGCUUUUUAUUUGACUACAUUGCUUUGCAUUCUGUCUUAGUAAAGCCAUGUCACAUGUCUGUUUUCACUCUAAUGUAAACUAUCAGAUAUCACAAUAAAUUUUCAAUGGCAUUAA